AUGAAAUCAAAAGCAGUAUUUUUUAUUUUAUUUGUGUAUUUUUGUAAAGUUGAUGUGAACGCUUUAAGUUUCCCUGGACCUCGAGUGUAUGUUGUUACUCCAUCAUCGCGAUCGGUACGAAAAGAUGAAAAUAAAAUAGCACCAUUCUACUAUCAUAAUUGGAUGAGAAGAAUGGACUCGGAGCAGAACGUUACCACGACUACGACACCGGCACCAACAGUAAAAACACCUGAUUUGAUAUUUGCGGAAUUUGAAUCUGAUGGAAGGCAAAAAUCAAUAAGAAAAUUACUAGAAAAAGAGAAAAUAGCAAAAACUUCAACAAUGAACCCCAUUUAUGUACCAGAUGAUGAAGAAAAUAAAGUUACUCGUGUUGUAAACUAUGGUUUACCGGUAAAUCUAAAUAAACAUGAUACUCCAACUAACGAUGAUUCCACCGAAAAAUCUACUUAUCCUUUUAUGUUCGAUAACGAUUAUUAUAAUAAUAUACAUGAGCCAGUAUAUUUGCCUUCUACAACGCAAUCAACGACCAAAGCUACAACAACAACGACUACAACAACGACCAAAGAAUCACCCGUUAAUAUUGAAAAUAUAUGGCAUAUAAUUGAUGACGAAAAGCUAAAUCAGUAUUCUGGAAAUUGGCAAGAAGUACAAGUUAACUCAAAAGAAGAAAAUGCAAAGAAUAAUAAUGAAAAUGAUGAGACUACAUAUGAUAAUCAAAAUCAAUUAGAAGAUGAAGGACAUCGUCAAAAUAACGAAGACCAGAGUGAUGAAGUAAAGAUAGACGAAAAUUUUGCUUUACCGGGUUUUGCUACAAAUCCAGGUAGUGGAGCCGAAAAUGAAUCAAGAGCUAUAAGAACUGAACCUAACAUAAGAUUUCCAUAUGUCAAUCUUAAGCCAUUCCAAAUGAAACCACCAAAAAAGCCGUCAUAUCAAAAUUUAUCAAACAGUAAGAAAAAUAGUAAUUUAUUAACCAACUUGGAUAAUUUCUCCGACUUGAAACAUCCAGUGAGAGGAGAAGCUCAAGAUAUUAAUCCCAUAAAUUCACUUAUUGACCGUUAUAAUCCAGCUCAACCAUAUUUACCACAACCUAGUUAUGGUAGUAAAGUAUCUAAGCAAUCUAGUCCCGUUUAUGCUCCACCAAAAGCCACUGCUAAUUUAGUUCCUCCACCACUUCCGCCUUCAAAAGCUAGUGAUGACGAUUUCCCUGCUCCAGUUAGCUACGACUCGUUUCCUCCCUAUGCACCAUCUGGUCCAAGUUAUAACCAAGUAGUAUCACCCCCGUCUACACCAACACCAUCGGUUUCUGUUGAUUCGCCAUUUUUAAAUACUCCUGAUAACUCAAUGACAUCUGAUGCGAGUGACAGUGACGACAUACCAACGAUGGACUUAGGAUACCGUUACAAACCACCAUCAAAUAAAGAAAAUAGUGAUGAUAAUUCAAUGGCAAAUAUGGGUUAUGAAUACAAACCACCUUCACCACCUGUUCCACAAUUCUUUCCAACUAUUCCACCGGCACCGAAACCUUUUGCAGGCUAUACAUAUAAUAAACCUAGUAUGAUUGCUGAUCUUGCUCCAAUGGUUGUAGCAGACAAACCUGAAGUUCAAGGGUAUCAUUAUCCCAAACCAGAAUCAUCAAAACCACCGACUGACUAUAUGCCACAAAGCUACGAUUCUCAUCCUCCUUAUAGCCAUGACGAUUUGCCACCACGUGGUCAUAAUUCCGACUACCCUGACUUGAUAUUCCAAAAACCACACGAUGAUAUGAAAGGCGGUGACAUGAAGGAUCAUGAUAUUGGAAUGAUGCCACCGUCACCACAAUCCGAUAUGAAACCAGAUACGUAUGGACCUCCAAUGAAUGAUCACGGUUUUCCAGUUGAUUUUCCAACAGAUUUCAAAUUUCAUCAUGACUUUGACGAUCACGACCAUGACCAUUAUCAUUAUCACCACGAUACAACAACGUCGACCACAGAAACGCCCCGUGUUAAUAGAUUCAGUUACUAUUAUUUAGGGAAAAAAUUGUAUUAUCUGCCUUUGUAUUUUAGUGUUUACUUUAUAAUAUAUGUAGGGGCUUUGAUAAUUAAGGCCGUACUGCGUCACAAGAUCGUAUAUCCUAAUAGUUGGAGACCAAACACUACGACAGCAACUUUCUUUUCAAAGAGAUCCGUUGAUGAGUUCACGUCAAGUGAAAAUUUGCACGAACUUACGAGUAAAGUAACUCACGCAAUCGCAACGGCUGCCGAGAAGUACAUGAGCGGUAAAAAUAAAAAAGUAUAA